UAUAAUUUCAAAUAAGUUUUCGAUUUUUUUCGAUUUUUCACCUCGCUCCUACCGCAAAUACAACAACUCUCUCAAUCAAUUUCGUCACUCUCUUCUUUUCUCUCUCAAAGAAAAGAAAACAAAUUAAAAAAGUUAGCUGCCAUGAACCAAAACCUCCAAUUUUUUUGUCAAUCUAUUUUCAUUCUUUGCAUGAUUAAGCUUUGCUCUUCGUUUUUACGGUUUGUUUUUUGACUGCAUUUGUUGUAUUUCUUUGAGAUAGUUUCAGGAUCAGUUUAUCAUUCUCAUCUUCGAUUCGUCGAGAUUAAUAAACUUUUCUUGGGCCGUACUAUAGCUCAAGGAAAAUGAAUGGAAAUAGUUGUGGUGGUGAUGCAGAUAAUUUUGACUGGGAUACUGAAGAUGAGCUGGAAAUUGAUAAUUAUGCCAUCUCCCCCUGCUCUGAAGUGUCACUUCCCCAUGGAAAAGCUGUUUUGGGGUCAGCAGAGGUGAGCUCGUCUACAGAUUUUCCCAAUUCCAAGUUAAUUGAUCACUUUGUUGGAAUGGGGUUUUCGAAGGAACUUGUUGCCAAAGCAAUUGAAGAAAAUGGACAAGAAAACUCAAAUUUGAUACUUGAGACUCUCCUUCAGUACUCGGCAAGCUCAUUGGCUAGUUCUUCAAAUUCCAAGUUGAUUUAUCAUUUUGUAGGUAUGGGGUUCUCUGAAGAAAUGGUUCUCAAAGCAGUUCAGGAAAACGGGGAGGGAAAUACAGAUUCCAUAUUGGAGACUCUAUUGACGUAUUCAGCUCUAGAAAAAUCUGCUUCCAUGCAGCAACAUGCUGAUUCUAGUCACUGCUCAUCAGAUUAUGAAGGGAGUUUUUUGGAUGAUUUCUCAGAUAUUGAUAGUUCUUCUGAGACUGCGGAAACCAUGAAUCCUGAUUCUGAUGAGGAGAGGAAAUUGUUAUACUUGACGAAAAUGGGGUACUCAAAGGCGGAGGCGUCAAUAGCUAUGGAGAGAUGUGGUCCAGACUCCUCAAUUGCAGAGUUGACAGACUUUAUAUGUGCUGCUCAAAUGGCCAAGGCUGCUGAUGCACUUUUUCCCCUUGAAGACAAGAAGCCAUUUUGCAAUGACUCUAAUCGCAAGAAGAGGCGAAACUUGGACUACGAUUUGUGGAAAAGGAGGAAGCAGAUGAAGCUUGAAAAGAGGUUUCUUAAUGAAGUUGAUGAUGCCCUUCAUCUUCCAAAUCCAAUGAUUGGUUUUGGGGUCCCUACUGAAUCAGAUCAGAUAACUCAGAGAACACUUCCAGAAGCUGCUACUGGUCCUCCUUAUUUCUACUAUGAGAAUGUGGCACUUGCUCCAAAAGGCGUUUGGAACACCAUUUCACGGUUCUUAUAUGAUGUGGAGCCAGAGUUUGUUGAUUCAAAGUAUUUUUGUGCUGCUGCAAGGAAAAGGGGUUAUAUUCAUAAUCUGCCAAUUGAGAACAGAUUUCCCCUUCUUCCAUUUCCACCACGCACCAUACAUGAAGCUUUUCCAUUGACCAGGAAAUGGUGGCCUUCCUGGGAUACAAGAACAAAGUUGAACUGCUUACAAACAUGCAUAGGGAGCGCAAGGUUGACAGAAAGGAUCCGCAAGGCUCUUGAACGUUAUGAUGAUGAGCCACCUUUGAGUGUCCAAAAGUUCGUUCUUGAUGAGUGCAGAAAGUGGAAUCUAGUCUGGGUGGGAAGGAAUAAGGUUGCUCCACUUGAACCUGAUGAGGUGGAAAUGCUUUUCGGUUUUCCUAGAAACCACACUAGGGGAGGAGGAAUUAGUCGGACCGAUAGAUAUAAAUCACUUGGUAACUCAUUCCAGGUCGACACAGUGGCUUACCAUCUAUCAGUCUUAAAAGACAUGUUCCCCGAUGGUAUCAAUCUCCUGUCUCUUUUCUCCGGUAUUGGUGGUGCAGAGGUUGCCCUCCACCGACUUGGCAUCCCUUUGAAGAAUGUCGUAGCAGUGGAGAAAUCGGAAGUGAACAGAAACAUUGUUAGGAGUUGGUGGGAGCAAACGAAUCAGAGGGGAAAUUUGAUUGACAUACCAGAUGUGCAAGAACUGAACGGUGAUCGGUUGGAGCAAUUGAUGAAUAGAUUUGGUGGAUUCGACCUUGUUGUUGGUGGGAGUCCAUGUAACAACCUUACCGGUAGCAACAGACAUCAUCGAGAUGGACUUGAAGGUAAAGAUUCUUCCCUCUUCUUCGAUUAUUGUCGUAUACUAGACUUGGUUAAAUGUAUAACGGCAAGGAAUCAAUGAUUUCAUGUAAGUAUGGGUACUCGUCUGAACAUUAACAUUCUUUCCAACUCAUGUUAACAUCAAAUUCAAAGGGAAAUGAAGUGUUCAAAAUUUGACGGAAAAUUUGUUGGAUACUGUUUUCACCAAAUAUAUUUUGGGUGUCUUUCCAUUUUACUCCAGUGUUACACAGUUUGGAUGAUGAAAGAGA